AUGGAUACAACUACACCUCUUCCUUUAUCAGCUUAUGGAAAUAUAUCCUCUGCUGCAAAAUAGCAAAAUCACUUUAUGUUUAACUUUGAUUCAGCGGCCAUAAAAAAUAUGAAUUCUGUAACUACAAAUACUGCUGGAAAACCUCAGCUUCCUCAAUUUAACACAGCUGAUAACCAAAAAUAUGAAUGGGAAUCAAAUUUAAACGGAGGUGCCUUGCAUAGUCCUAAUAUAUUUUCAGCUAAAGCUUUUGCCUAUACUCCUAUAAUGACUGGAGGUCCUUAUUCAAGUUUAGGAAAGGGAUAAAACUACUUUAAUUUUCCAAACACUUCUAUAGAUGAUUCAAAUACAAUCUAAUAAAUUCACAACGUUGGAAAUCCCAACGGUCCUAAUGGCGCUCCUUUUACUGCAACCUAGCAAUAAUUUUAAUAAAUAUGCGGAGACAAUUUAAAUUUGUAUGGAAAUAAUGCUUUCAAUAGUAAUAAUAUUUAAGCUGCAGUGGCUGCAAAUCCUUUAAUGUAGGCUUAGCAAUAGAAUUAUUAAGCUCCAGGGAAUGGUGCUAUCAACAUCUUGCAAGCUUAAAAGAUGAGUGAAGAAGCUCAAACACCAUUUUAAAUGGAAGGGGCCUUUUAAUUUGGAAAUUUCAAUGGGCAAUCAAUCAAUAAUUAAAAUGGUAAUGGUUUAAGCACCUAGGCUGCUAUUAUUAGUGUUGGAGCUAACAACAAGCCAGGUCAAAAUGGAGUAGUCCAGUAAGGUUAAUUCAUCACUCAACCUCAAUAGUUCUCAUAGCAAUCAAGCUAAUAGGGGUAGUAACAAUAAUAGAUUUCUUAAUAGCAAUAAUAGACUCAAUAAUAGCAAUAGUUUUAAAAUUUUUAGAAAAAUCAAUACUUAAAUAACGCAUUAUGCAAUUUUAGCAACUAACCAAGCGACUAAUAAUAUUAAGAUUAGCUAUAACCUAAUGCUUAAAAUGGAGCUCCAAAUCCUUAAUAACUAGGUGCUCCUCUAAAUUCAUCAGAAAGAAAAAAACCACAACUUUAAAUUCAAUUACCACAAAAUAACAACAACUAGAACCCAUAAUAAACCAAUCCUACAAAUGCAAAUAACUCUUAAAAUAAUUAGAAUGGACCUCUCAGCACUACUGAAGGAAAUAGCUAUUAUUUAUAACAAUAAUAUAGCUUAGGGUUAGCCCCAUUCACUCCUAUUGGGCCACCGACAAUGAACAUUUAAACUAUAAAUGGAGCUCCACCAUCUUCACAAUUCACUCAAUUUACAGCAAGACCUAAUUAACAAUUUGAAAACUUUUUCUUUAAUCAAGCAAAUAUGUCUUAAAUACCAGAUUCAUACCAACUUUUAACUCCAGGUGGAAAUACAGGUUAUAAUAAAUAGCCAUUCUUCUUCCCUACAAGCGCAGAUUAACAGACUCAAUUCAUUCAAUAAUAGUAUGCAGUACAAACUCCUAAUCCCCACCAUCCUAAUGGUUAGUAGUAUAUUUAACAGCAUUAAAAUUAAUUCCCUUUACAGUAAUAAUAAUAGCAUGCUCAAUAGCAAUAAUCAUCAUAAUUCUAAUAGUAGUAGUAAUAAUAAUAAUAAUAAUAACAACAACAAUAAAAUAGCCAAUAAUAGUAGUUUUUAUAGCAAUAAAAUUAAGCAUUAGGCAUAGAUGUUAAUAAUCCACAAUAAAAUAGUAUAGAUAAAAAAGAUUAGAAAGGAAAACCAUUCAACUUAAAAUUAGAUGUAUCAUAAAAAGAUAAUAAUAAUGGAAAAGUUUCAAGUUUUGAUAAAGCCCUUUCUGCAGAAAAGAAAAAAAGUACGAUGAAUUUAGGAAGUGGAAUUAUAGAUUCAGCUGGUAAAUUGGCUGGUAAUACUCCAAACGAAGAUGAUAAAGAUAAAAAUAUAUUAAGUAUUCUCUAAAAAAACAAUCCUCAAAAUAAUAUUAAUCCCAGUAGUUACUUGGAUGCAGCAAACAUGAGUUUAAUCAUAGAUUUCUAUCAAAAAGCUAAUUCAGAAAAGAAGCAAUAAUUGUAUGAAUUCCUUUCAAACUAGUAAAAUGAUGACAAAGAUGAUAAUUAAAAAAAUAAAUCUCAAAAGAUAAUUGAAUACAUAAUCACUGCCAAUACAAAACGCAUAGGAACUCUAACUCUUUAACAAAGAUUAGAAAAAAUUUAAAAAUACAGAGAAAAAAGAGAAAGAAGAGCAUAAACUUCAUUAGUUAAGUACAAGAAACAACAAAUAGCUGUCUCUAAAAAACCAAGAGAUAAAAAUGGUAAGUUCCUUAAAUAGGAGGGUAAAAACGGAUAGAAGUAAAAAAAAUUAAAAAACAAAGAGUUGACUUAGGAAGAGCCAACUUAGGAUUAAUAAAUCUGA